CUGGCUGUCUCUCAGCCGAGCCGCCGCCUCGGUCACUGGAGAGUGAGAAUGGAGCGCGUACCUUUCAGGGGUGUUGUGAGCAGGAGAAGAAUAAAGUAAAGAAAGUGUUUAGUGUGUAGUGAGAAGAAUUGGCAACAACCUGACUGUCUCCCUCCCUCGGGUAUUGGUAAAGAAACUGGCGCACCUCCAUACCGUUGUAUCUCCCAGAGCGGCUAGCCAAGAAGCUUUGUCAGGUGGAAACGCAAGUUACAAAAUAGUAUGUGCAGUAAGACCUCAUUUAUGUAAAAACACGCACAAAGCACUUUUAUUCUUUUCGCUUCUAUAGAUACAUUAUCACUAAAUGCACAGGGAAAGGUCUGGGAGGUCAUAUGUCAGACCGUUGAUGGAGGUGCAGCUGCAGUGUGGAAGGGAGAGUUUCUCUUCUAUGUAUUUGUGUUUUAAAUUCCCUCUUUUUUAUUAUAAUGGUUUGUAUCACUUUUCUUCUUGAAACAAAAAGCAAUUAAAGAAAACUCUAAAAUACUUUUCAGAACUGUUGUGAGAAAUAGCAGUAAGGUAUAAAUAUGUGCUAUACAUUCAUAUGUACUUGUGGAUAGAUGGUUUAAGAUGGUGUCUGUGAGCCCUUUGCGGACGCCCCGAGGGCCAGAUGUGUUUUGGAAUUCAGAAGUUUUCAUAUUUGAGAAAGAUAGUACAAGUGCUCAUAUGGUAUGUCAAGUGACACCGCCGGUAGAUUCUGGGGCAACACUCAGUAAUCAAAUGCAUUAAUUAAAUUUUUUUAAUUGAAGUAUAAUAUAUGUACAGAAAUAUACAUUGUAAAUACAGCUUGAUGAAUUUUUAUAAGCUAAGCAAAUGCAUUAAUAUUGUGGCCAUAAAAACAUGAACAUUUACUUUAAGUGGGAUAAAUGGAGCUUAUAAGUAGGCUCAUACAUAGAAGCUCAGGUGGUGAAAACCUGGGAGUUUUGGAUUUUAUUGCUGAGGAUAAGAGGCUGUGGACCUGUAUUGGUAGGAGAGUCACAUGAGCAACGUAUUACAGGAGACCCUAAAAAAGGCUUCAGGGCCACCACAGGAUGGGAGCUGGAGUCCCCAGGUGUCUCUCCAAGCUGGCAUUUGCUCAUGUACUGCUCCCUCCUGCUGUUUUGUUCUUUCCCCAGGCGUGUGUGUCCAGAUGCCAGCCCAGCUGCCACAGGAGAUCCCUCUUGGAGACUGAAGGGCAGGCUCUCAGGCCCAGGCUGAGGCCGACCAGCCCUGAGCCUUAGGGUAGGGGAAUGGCAGCCCCCCCGGAGCCGCAAGACCAGACCCCUGGGGAGGGAGAAGGGCUUCUGAUCGUGAAGGUGGAAGAUUCCUCCUGGGAGCAGGACUCUGCCCAGCAAGAGGACAGCAGGGAUUCUGAGGCCUGCCGCCAGCGCUUCCGGCAGUUCUGCUAUGGGGAUGCAGGCGGGCCUCAUGAGGCCUUCAGCCAGCUUUGGGAGCUCUGCUGCCGCUGGCUGCGGCCCGAGCUGCACACCAAGGAGCAGAUCCUGGAGCUGCUGGUGCUGGAGCAGUUCCUGAGUGUGCUGCCUGGGGACGUCCAGGGCUGGGUGCGUGAGCAGUGCCCAGGGAGCGGUGAGGAAGCCGUCGCCUUGGUGGAGGACCUGCGGAAGAGGCCAGUGAAAGCUUGGCCACAGGAUGUGCCCUCAGAGGAAGUGGAACCCGAGGCUGCAGUCCAAGGAUCCCAGGCCAAGGGGCCUCCUCCGAAGGUGGGGGCACGAAGCUGGCCGUCUGUACGCUGGGAGCAGCACAGCCAUGGUGCCCAGUUUCCUGCUCUUCUUAAAGAGGGGAGUGCCAGAGAGGCGACGGACACCUGCUUGGCCUCUGGCGUCCAUGUACCUGUGACGUUUGGAGACAUUCCCUUCUAUUUCUCCCAGGAAGAAUGGGGGUCCCUAGACCCUGCUCAGAGGGAUCUCUUCUGGGACAUAAAGCGGGAAAACACCCGGAACGUUGCCCUGGGUUUGGGGCUUAGGAGCCAAAGCGAGCGAUCCCGGCCUGAGGAGGCGCUCCAGGUCCAGGCCGGCGGCGACGUGACUGUGUCCUGGAGCCCUGUGGAGGCCGAGGCCUGGGAAAGCGAGGCCCGGCCGGGGAUGGCCCCAGGGCGGGCGGUGGGGGCGCGGCGGGGGCGGCCGCCCACGCGCCGGCGUCAGUUCCGGGACCUGGUGGCAGAGAAGCCGCACAGCUGCGGCCAGUGCGGCAAGCGCUUCCGCUGGGGCUCUGACCUGGCACGCCACCAGCGCACACACACGGGCGAGAAGCCGCACAAGUGCCAGGAGUGCGAGAAGAGCUUCCGCAGCUCCUCGGACCUGGUGCGCCACCAGGGUGUGCACACGGGCCAGAAGCCCUUCUCGUGCUCCGAGUGCGGCAAGAGCUUCAGCCGCAGCGCCUACCUGGCCGACCACCAGCGCAUCCACACCGGCGAGAAGCCCUUCGGCUGCAGCGACUGCGGCAAGAGCUUCUCGCUGCGCUCCUACCUGCUGGAUCACCGGCGCGUGCACACAGGCGAGCGACCCUUCGGCUGCGGCGAAUGCGACAAGAGCUUCAAGCAGCGCGCCCACCUCAUUGCCCACCAGAGCCUGCACGCCAAGAUGGCCCAGCCCGUGGGGUGAGGGCCAGAGCGAGGGGGUGUCUCCCCAGCACGACCUCUUCCCUCCCGCUCGGGAAUUCUCCACCUUCCCGGCUGCCUGCCCUGCUCUGCCCUGCAACCUGGAAUGGAAAUCCGCUAUGACCUCAGCGCCACUCUCUUCCUGCUCCAAGGGUUUCUCUUGCCCUCUGGCUCCUGGAGCCCCAACACCUUCUGGGCCAGUGGCAUUAAAGUGGGAGAGAGGCCAGGGCAGCUGGGAAGUGUGAGGACUCGGGCAGGGCCUGGGGUCCCUGUCCAGGAACCUCCCUCAGCCUUGCUUGCCCUGAGGCUCUUUGUUACCUGUGUUCUCCACUGGGUGUGUGGGCCAGGCCCUCUGCUCUGCCAACCUGUGCCUUCCAGUGGGAGUGGAGGACAGGCCUUGACCCCCAGGGCACUGCUGGGCUCUGGGAGGGUCAGUCACCCCACACCUGUGAGCAUCUGGGUCCUGGGCAUGGCUACGGGGGCUUUCUGGCCUCCACCCCUCCCAUUUCUAGGCCAUGACCACUCUUCCCUGUCUUGGUGACCUGGAAGCUGUCUGCUUCCACUCUCUGCAAACUUGCUUCCCUGGUGAGUCCCUGAGAGCUACCCCCUACCAGUCUGGUGAGGGUCGUGGUGGCUCCAGGGACAAGAGGCUGACCGUGCAGACCAGGGCUAGCGGAGGCAUGCUGCUCCCCACUCCUCCAGAGGCAUGGGGUUUAUGGUACUUAACACUAGCACUUCGUCAGCACGUUGGUGCUGACUUCUUAGGCACUGCAUUCCAUGUGUCGCCUGCAUCGUCUGCAGGUCGGCAUUCACAGGGACAGACCACAGGCCCUCCAAAGGAGCUCGACCCAGCUGGCCUCAAAAGGGCAGCUGAAGGGUUUGAAUAAAUGUGGAAACUGCC